GUUACCACAUCAACAAUUCACUCCACCACCAUUUUCAUCCCCAACAACAUACCCUAAUCUGGGGCGUCGUCUCCAUAUCAGAUCUACAUUUAUCCGAACCAUUUUCCAUGAUGAACCCAUAUCUUAUAUCCACAACAGAUCUACACAAAGUAUGUUCGCGCAAUACAGAAGGCGGCUUCGGGAUUGCGGAUUUUACACAUGAGAGUCAUGGCGGAGCAGAUGAGGGAUUCGGGAUUGCGGCUAUGACAAGAGAACAGAUCUGAAAUACAAAACCCACCCGAACGCCUCCAUGACAGAACUUCAACCCACCUUCGAUGGACUCCAAACAAUAGUUGAGCGCUGUGAAGGCGAGGCCAACGCUGAUGAAGACGACUCAAGAGAAGGGAGGCGGAGCGAAGGCGGCAAAGCCAAUGCAGACGACGAUGCAGGUGAGGAGGCGAGGACCGCUAGGACGAUAGGGAAGGUGGAGAAAGCGAGAGUGGAGACGGCAGCGACGGCAAGUUCGUCGACAGUUUUGAUGGAAUCAGGCUACUAGAGAAGAAAAAAGAAGAAAAAAAUGAAAUAGGUUGCAGAGAAGGCGGAAUCUAUAACUUCUCAGCAAAAAUAACGCACCCAAGGUUGGGAUCCUGUGUUUACCUCCCCAAAAUGCCCCUAUAACAAAAUCACCAUUAGAUU